AUGAUUACCACCGAGGUUGGUUUAAGUGAUAAGCAGUUUGAUAUCAGUCUUUACAAUUUGAUGAUGAGGAACCAAACCAGACUGUCUCCUUCACCACUGUCCAUUCACAAAGACUCCCAAGCAAUAUCAAAGUCAAAGCCAAAGAUACGGAUCAUUCACGUGUUUGCACCCGAGAUCAUCAAGACCGACGCCGCCAACUUCAGAGAACUGGUCCAAAGACUCACCGGUAAACCACCACAGGAAAAGGGUCGCCAAAGGAAACCAGCUAUGGCGGCCGAGAAGAAGAUGGAGCUCAGAACUGGGUUCCUCGCGGGCUUUGAAAGGGUUAAGGAUGAAGAAGAAGGAGGGAUAUGGAGUAUAAGUGGAGAGAAUUCAGGUGGUUUCUUGAGUGGUUUUGGAGACUUUGAUGGUUUGAUUCAAGAGCUUGGUGAGCAAUUCCCUUUGCUUCCUUUGGAUGCUUCUCAUCACACCCAUGGAUUCGAAGAAGCUCAACUAAUUGCUUAAUU